AAUGAUGAAUGCAUAGGUUUUCACGUGGUUUUUACGAAACAUGCAUCGGCUUCAGUGACAAAGGAUCCAGUGCGGCUUCUUGCUACAUUAUGAUUAGCUUGUUGACUACUUUUCAGUAAAUCAGUCAUUUAUUACGUUGAAACUUUAAAUUAUAACGUAUGCGAACAAGAUAAUUACGUUGUGACCGUAAAUUAACAAUGUUGUCCGGGAACGAAGCUGUUUUGUAGGCAUAUGAAGGGGAAUGAGUUUGCUGAAUUUACAGUUUUGGGACUACGAAUUAAUGUGUGGAAAUAAGAUAACUGUGUCAUAAUUAUGUUACAGCAAUAAAUAUAUCUGCAACAGUAUUAUUAAAUAUUUCUCAGCCGUUAUUAGCAACUCUUUGGCCGCAUAUAAACAUUUGUAAGUUAAUUACAUUGUGUGUAUAUGCACACACACAUACACAAAAUAUUAAUGGUAAUAAUAGUAAUACACUGGGAAUUAAGUUGUGUCCACAUAUUAAUAACUUGUGGAUUGUGGCUUGAAAUUAAUAAUAUGUGGCUUCCCUUCAGGUAGUUGCAGCCAUAAAUAAAUAAUGAAUAGGAGCAAAAUCAAGUUAUGUCCACAUAAUAAUGUGUGGUAAAAAGUAAGUCGCUUUGGCUGCUCCCGUGUUUGCACUCGGGGUCACCACAGCAAAUAAAAGGUGUAUUUUGCAUGUUGAAGUGGCACAAGUUUUACACCGGAUGCCCUUCCUGAUGCAACUCCACAUUAUAUGGAGAAAUGUGGCAGGGUUGGAGUUUGAACCGGGAACCUUUCGCCCUGAAACCAAUCACCACUUGGACACCAUCUCUGUCUACAUAAUCAUGCAUGGUAAUCGGCUAAAAAUUAUGGCCACAAAUUAGUAAUGGGAGUAAAAUGUCCAAAAUGUAAUAAUAUAUGGGAAUGUGAUUAAGUUGUAGCACCAUAUUAGUAAUUGUGGGAAUCAGAUGAUUAAAAUUGUGGCCACCGAUUAUGGAAAUCACAUUAAGUUGUGGCCAUGAAUGAAUAAUCUGUGAGAACGCGAUAAGUUUGGUGCAAUUUAAUAUCAUGUAGGAAAGUUAUGUUGCAGCCAUGAGAUGAUAAUGUAUAGGAACUACAUAAUUAUUCCAAGCCACAAAUAAGAGUGAUGUAAUUAUAUCACAUACUAACAAUAUAUUUGAGAGACUAAAAUCCAGUUUCUGUCCACUCUGAGACAAAAACACACAGUGUUCUUGGUACAGUUGUUUUGGGAAAUUUGGUUGUCACGUUGUAGAGAUUCCAAAUUGACUUGUUUUUCCAAUAGUUUGCAGUAAUAGAAAGUUGUACUUUAGUCACUGGCUGGAGAAGUACUGCAGUAUUUUGACUUUGUGUAUCCUUUUUUUAAACUUGAGCAAAGCUUUGUAUUUAUUUUGCUUCAAGAGUUUGUAGUAUUUAAAUGCCUGUGUUUUUUUCUUUGCAGUGUUUUUACAGUGCAUUCUGUAUGUUAGACCCUGAUGGAUCCCAAGAAUGCUUUAACUAUUUCAUUUACUGUUGAUAAGGAUAACUUGAUGGAAAAUCAACUCAGAAUCCCCAUGAAAUAUCUCUCACGGGAAUGUGCAAAGUUGGAUGGAAAGGUUUCCUGGACCACGUUUGCAGGUUGCAAAACCAGACGUUGCAGUUCACAGCUUAAAAACGGAAGGAAGCCUCAUUUGGUCCUGACGGAUGUCCUGAAGACAGAUCUGGGAAAGGCUUAUGUAGAAAAGAUGAAACUGAGACAGACCAAGGGCAAUAGAGGAGGAGUAAGAAAAGCACAGAGGGAGAGUGGUCGGUGCCAGGAAGAAACACUGAGCUGCAGAGAGAGAAGAUCAGCCCGCAGGGAUGUUAGGAGGGAUAACAAUGAGAGUAUUACUCCAAAAUGCAACCAGAAGAUCACUCCUCAUACCCCUCAGAGACACAUGGGAACAUCACAGACUUUUGGCAAAGAUGAAGAGAAAGAAGUCGAAGAAAAUGACGACACCCCAGAGGUGAUAGUAGGCGAAGACAAUGGCGAAGACUACACAUACACAGAAAUAGUAGACUGUGGGUUGUCAGUGACCUGGAAGCCCACUGAGGAUACAACAGAAGAUAAACUCUCUCCGUCUAACACGAAGGAUGGAUGGAUGGAUCCCCCAUGUCGAUUACAGAACAGUUUGAAAAAGAGAAAAGGGGAUCACAAGCUCCACUGCAAUGGAACAGGCAGCACCAGAGGUCUCCGUAGGAGUGUGUUACGCCUCUCUGAAGUAGGAAAAGAUGGAGCACCGGCCCGUAAACACAUUUGUGUGGAAGAAGGUGGAAAUGUUGGGGGGUUGUACAGUGCGGACAAUGGGAUUAUAGAGUUCACAGUGGGUGAAGAUGAUGAUUCAAGAGGAAUAUUAAUUCCAGUCACCAGAUCUCAUAUGGAGACAGGAGAGACAAUAGAAACGCUCUCAUCUAGUCAGGACGGCAAAAGCAAGACCAGCCCUUCUGAACCCAUUGUGCUGUCCAGUGAUGAUGAUGAAGAUAACAGUGGUGGUAUUCCUCAGCUCAGCAGACUUCGCUCAGUGGCCACAGUGAAAGACGUGCUGAUGCAGAAACAGCCCAUAUCACACGCUGUGAACACACAGCACGGAGGCGCUGACAUUCAGGAUGUAGAGGUGUUGCAUAUGGUAGAAGACACUCCUACUCCAUUGGAAUCAAACUUUGGCAAUGCUGUUGCCUACCCUUGUAUGGGUGUGGCCUUCUCUACACUGCGUUGCGGUCGUUAUCAAGGGAAGGCCAAUGGAGAUGUCAUGAUAGUAGAGCAAAGAAUCAUCAUACCAGUGAAAGACACUAAAGAACAGGUGAUGGUGACAUUAACCCUGGAGCGCAAAGAGGUGAAGAGGUUCAGUAUUUGGGAGAAGGAAGAAAUGGAAUCGAGGAGCUUCCACUAUUACAACAAGGACGAGCCGCCCCCUCCUGCUGUCCUCAUGUUGAAUGUGUCUGAAACAGCUGCAGCUGCGAUACACUGGGACCUCCGACAGCUGCCAGUCAGAAAGAGUGACGCAUGCUUUUCAGACAGUGCCAGCCCCUUCCUCCUGCUGAGUUUGAAAGAUCCCAUGCGUGGAAUUGCAGGUGCUGUAUUACGCUCCCUCCUGGAAAUGGACUUUUUUAGCAGUCUGGCCCACCCUGCCACUGGCCAAGGUGUAGUGAGUAGGUUGGAGGACCUUGAAACUCCUGUUAUUUCUCUGGAUGACAGCGUGGAGCUGAUUAGGAAAACUGGACUGGACCCUCUGUUGCUCUCCUUGCUGAGUGGGGACGGUGUCAAUUCUGGUGCAUACACAGAGCUAGAUGGUAUACUUUCAGACACAGAGGAAAAAAACACUACACAAAAUGAACUGGCAUUAGAGCUUGAGGUAGAACCAGACACGGGGCUCAACCCAACAGAGGAUCAGGAAGAACAAAAGGCUGAAGUUCCCGCUGAGGAAAGCAGAGAGGAGCCCACUCCGGUGUACAUGGUCUGUCAUCGUAGAAUUAAAGGAAACUACUCAGUGACGCUGUCCAAACCAGACUCCAGAUGGACUCAAUAUAAAUAUCAGGGCCACACCUCUAGGUUGAUCCAGUUUCCGCCUCCGCCGCUGAAAGGGGGAAUCACUGUUACAAUGGAGGACUUGCAGUGCCUUGAUAAUGGACAUUUUCUCAAUGAUGUUAUCAUUGAUUUUUACCUCAAGUAUCUCCUCCAGAAUGCUCCGGCUGCCAUGGUUGAACGAUGUCACAUCUUCAGCAGCUUCUUCUACAAGCAGCUAACACGGAGAGACAAUGCCAGUGAAGGCAGUCCCAGCGAGACCUGUCAGAGGCAGAGGCGGCACCAGCGGGUGAAGACGUGGACGCGCCACAUUGAUAUUUUCAAAAAGGACUUCGUGUUCAUGCCUGUCAAUCAGGAGGCUCACUGGUACUUGGUUGUCAUUUGCUUUCCUGGAUUGAAUGAGCCGUGUUUACAGGCCUGGGCGGGCCUAGACUCACAAAUAGGAAACAGUCAGGAAGACUUCCAAGAAGAAAACGACACCAAAACACCUAAAAGUUUGGAUAAUCCAGAAGGAUCACCUCCACCAGACCACAAGGAGAGGGUGGACACAACAGCAGAAAAUGCUGAAGACGAUUCCACCAAAGAGGCCGGAACUGAUCUAGUGAACUGCACAGAGCAGACCUGCCAGAUGAAGUAUGUUUGCAAAAGGCCGUGUAUUCUUGUCAUGGAUUCCCUGAAAAUUUCUUCUCAUGAGCGAGUCUUCAAACUCUUACGAGAGUACUUGCAGUCAGAAUGGGAGGUUCGUCGUGGCUCAUCCAGGUUGUUCAGUCCCGAACAGAUGAAAGGUUCUCAAUGCAAAGUUCCCACUCAGGACAACAGCAGUGACUGUGGGCUCUACCUGCUGCAUUAUGUUGAGACUUUUCUGAAGGACCCGGUGGUGCAUUUUGACCUACCACUGCGUCUGGAAUCUUGGUUUCCACGGCAGCAGAUUCGGAGGAAACGAGAUGAAAUCAGAAACCUGGUACUUAACCUUUACCGAAAACAGAACUUGGACAAUGUAAGAUAGAAGCAUGACACAGCUCGGCUGCCCAUACUGAGCAAUGGACAUUUCAGUGUCAACUGAAAAAUAUAUAUGUAUAUUUGUGUUAUAUUCUGUUACUGUAUCGUGCACUAAUUUGAACAGACGAGUAAGGCCUGUCUCCCUUUACCUGUUUUUGGCCCCAAUUUCCAUGAUGAUUUUAUCAUUGAGGAAAUUGGGCCUGCUAUUAAAAAUAAAUAAAUAAAUUAAAUCUUUAAAAAUUAUAGCCAUAUGUAAUCACAGUUUUAUUAUUAUCUGCUAUUUUAUGUGAGAUUACAUACGAUUGCAACCGAUUUCUGUAGAUUACACCCAAUUACAUCUGAUUCCCUGGUGAGGGUGGUGGAUCUGGUUGGGUUACCAGAUCCACCACCCAGGGGG